AUGUCUGAAGAGGAGAAGAUCCAAAACGAGAAGGUGCAAGACACUACUAAACCCAAAUCAAAAAAAGACAAAUAUCGAAAAGACAAACCAUGGGAUACCGAUGACAUAGACCACUGGAAAAUAGAUCCCUUCCGUCCUGAAGAUAACCCACACCCAUUAACCGAAGAAUCAUCAUUUGCCACACUUUUUCCAAAAUAUCGAGAAAAUUAUUUGAGAGAAGUGUGGCCUCAUGUUACUAAAGCUCUGGAAAAAGUGGUAAUUAUCAUCUCUCAUGUUUCUGUUUGA